UUAUCUCUAGAGCGAAUUAUACUCUGAUUGAAGAAUUGCAGUGUGUUCCAUAGGUGUGCGUAAUUUGUCUUGUUAAAUAUUAUUUUUAGUGGUGUCGUGAUCGGUAAAAACGAAUAUGACAAUCAAACUAACAGCCAACAUAAAUAACCCACCAAUAAGUGGAUUGGCAACUGCUCAUCUCAUAAGCGAAACUGUAGCUAUUCAGAUUGUUUGGGGUAAUGAAACAUCACUACAAUUUCCGGAUAAACGUCAAUUCCUUUGUCACUCUAACAAUGAUGUGUUAAGGGCACUGGCACGUGUGGCACCCGAGUCCAAGCUAUAUGGAGAAACUGCUAUCGAACGAACCCAAAUUGAUCAUUGGUUGUCAUUUUCAUUAACGUGUGAAGAUGACAUCUCUUGGGCUUUAUCGUUUCUUGAAAAAUCAAUUGCCCCAGUUACGUAUUUGGUGGCUAACAAAUUGACCAUUGCUGAUUUUGCUCUUUUCAACGAAAUGCAUGCUCGUUAUGAAUUCUUGUCCGCAAAAGGUUUACCGCAACAUGUACAACGCUGGUACAAUUUAAUAAAUGCGCAGCCUUUAAUACAAAAAGUUCUGAACGCAUUACCAGAAGAGGCACGCUCCGCAGCCAAACGAGCUAAACGGAGCAAUGGUGUUAAAUUAAGUGAAAGUGAAAACUCAGCUGCGCAUGAACAAACCAAAACAAAUGAACGUAAACAAGAGGGUAAAUUCAUUGAUUUGCCUGGUGCCGAAAUGGGAAAAGUUGUGGUACGAUUUCCUCCAGAAGCGUCUGGGUACCUCCAUAUAGGGCAUGCCAAGGCAGCAUUACUAAAUCAAUACUAUGCCUUAAAUUUCAAUGGAAAACUAAUAAUGCGGUUCGAUGAUACAAACCCUGCGAAAGAAACUGUCGAAUUCGAAGAAGUAAUCCUUGGUGAUGUGGAUUUGCUACAGAUUAAACCAGAUAUUUUUACCCAUACCUCCAACUAUUUUGAAUUAAUGUUACAAUAUUGCGUACAGAUGAUUGAAGAGGGCAAAGCAUAUGUGGAUGACACACCAGCAGAUAAAAUGAAACUAGAGCGUGAACAACGAGUCGAAUCGACGAAUCGCUCAAAUGAUGUAGAAAAAAAUUUAGCCUUAUGGCAGGAAAUGGUCAAUGGUACCGAAAUAGGUCAAAAAUGUUGCGUUCGCGCGAAAAUUGAUAUGUCUUCCCCGAAUGGGUGUAUGCGCGACCCAACCAUAUACCGUUGCAAGAAUGAGCCUCACCCACGCACGGGAACUAAAUACAAGGUGUACCCAACAUAUGAUUUCGCGUGCCCAAUUGUUGAUUCGAUCGAAGGUGUUACUCAUACGUUACGUACUAUGGAAUAUCAUGAUCGUGAUGAUCAGUUUUAUUGGUUUAUCGAUGCACUUAAAUUAAGGAAGCCACACAUAUGGGAGUACAGUCGUUUAAAUAUGACAAACACCGUAUUGUCUAAACGUAAAUUAACUUGGUUUGUGGAAUCAGGAUUAGUUGAUGGAUGGGAUGAUCCCCGUUUUCCGACUGUUAGAGGGAUAAUUCGUCGUGGUAUGACAGUAGAAGGGCUACGUGAAUUUAUCAUUGCUCAAGGAUCAAGCAAAUCGGUGGUAUUUAUGAAUUGGGAUAAAAUAUGGGCAUUUAAUAAAAAGGUUAUUGAUCCGAUCGCUCCUCGUUAUACUGCGAUAAAUUAUGAUAAUCGCGUUGUAGUCAAUGUAGCAGGCGCCAAACUGGAAAAAGUUGAAGUACCUGUUCAUCCGAAAAACGAAAGUCUUGGAAAGAAAACUGUUACUCUGGGGCCACGUAUAUAUAUCGAUUAUGAGGAUGCUGAAGCCUUAAAAGAGGGCGAAAAUGCUACUUUCAUAAAUUGGGGUAAUUUACUAAUAAAAAAAAUCCACACGGAUAAAUGCGGAAAAAUAGCUGGUGUUGAUGCCGCUUUAAACUUGGAUAACAAGGACUUUAAGAAAACACUAAAACUCACUUGGUUAGCUGUUGAAGAUGAUGAAGCUAAUUAUCCACCCACAUUUUGCGUAUACUUUGAUAAUAUUAUAAGUAAAGCAGUUUUAGGCAAAGACGAAGACUUCAAACAAUAUAUUGAUCAUAAAACUAGGGAGGAAAUCAAAAUGCUUGGCGAUCCAGAGCUUAAAAAGUGUAAGAAAGGAGAUAUAAUCCAGCUUCAACGUCGAGGUUUCUUUAAGGUAGAUGUAGCUUAUGCACCACACAGUCCGUUUUCCAAUGCUGUUACACCGGUCAUACUAUUCUCUAUACCAGACGGUCACACUAAAGAUGUACCUUCAUCAGGCUUGAAAAUAAAUAAUAACGAGAUUAAAAACGUAAAUACGACUUCUAAAGCAAACUUCUCAUUGCUGGACCAAAAGAUCGCUGAACAAGGAACUAUUGUGCGAGAUCUUAAGGCGAGCAAAGUUGCCAAGGAGAAAAUUGAUUCAGAAGUAAAGAAGCUGCUAGUACUUAAAGCUGAAUACAAAGCAGCAACAGGCAAGGAAUGGAAACUAGGUCAAAGUGUACCAGCGACCAGUCUUUCCGCAGCUCCCUCUGACGUUGGAGUAAUUAAUGCAAAUAUAGUUAAGCAAGGAGAUUUGAUAAGGAAUCUGAAAGCGAAAAAAGCACCAAAGGCUGAAAUAGACCAACAAGUGAAGACACUCCUGGAAUUAAAAACUCAAUUUAAAGCUUCCACUGGUAAAGACUGGCAACCUAAUACCGAAGUACCAUCUAUAAAUCCACCCGUCAAUUCACUAUCGUCUGCAGACACAGCUGUUGAGGAAAUACUAAAUAAAAUAACUAAUCAAGGUGACAAAGUUCGUCAACUAAAAUCGCAGAAGGCUGACAAAGCGUUUGUUGAAGCAGAAGUGAAAAUAUUGCUUUCCCUAAAAGCUGAAUAUAAGAAACUUACAGGCAGUGAUUGGAAACCAGGAGCAAUUACACCAGCUAUUGUUAAGAAGGAAAUAUCUCCGGAACAACCGUCACCAAGAAUAGUUUCAGAUUUGCUCACGAAAAUAUCAAGUCAAGGCGAUAAGGUUCGUCAACUCAAGAAUACAAAAGCAGAGAAAAGUGUAAUUGAUGCUGAAAUUAAAUUAUUGUUGGCGCUUAAGACAGACUAUAAAAAUCUUACCGGACAAGAGUGGAAACUUGGAACUGUGAUUCCACCUACAGCUACAAUUGAAACAGUUAAAAUUGACUUGACCAAUAAUGAAAGCUCAGAUAUCUGUAGUCUUCUCAACCAAAUAAGUUAUCAGGGUGAUAAGAUUCGAAAUUUAAAGAAAGAAAAGGCAUCAAAGGCCACAAUUGAUAUUGAAGUUCAAACAUUGUUAGCACUGAAAGCUAAUUAUAAACAACAAACUGGUAACGAUUGGACACCCAACUCUAAGAUUGAACCGCGGAAGGUUUCUAGCGUUGAAAUAGUUUCGGAAAUUAUGUCUGCUUCACCGGUAAAAGAAUUGCUAACCAAAGAGAUUAAUGAUCAAGGAGAUAAAGUACGAGCAGCUAAAUCGGACAACUUAUCAAAAGAGAAAAUCGAUGAGGAAGUGCAAAAACUGCUCACACUAAAAGCAAAAUAUAAAGAAGUUACUGGCACAGAUUUUCCAAAUGCUGGUGGAAGGGUUAGUGCCAAAUCUUCAAAAAAAGGAAACGAAAAAAAAAGUAGUACGGAUAAGAAGGAAAAUGUUACGAACAAAGAAGAAACUAGCUUACCUAAAGGUGGAGUAAAAAAGCAAACGCGUCUCGGACUUGAAGCUACAAAAGAAGAUAACCUGCCAGAAUGGUAUUCCCAGGUACUUACGAAAGGAGAGCUUAUUGAGUAUUACGAUGUGUCUGGUUGUUAUAUUUUGCGGCAUUGGUCAUUUGCUAUUUGGAAGUUUAUUAAAACUUGGUUCGAUGCUGAGAUCACUAAAAUGGGUGUUAAAGAAUGCUAUUUUCCUAUUUUUGUUUCAAAAGCGGCACUCGAACGGGAGAAAUCACACAUCGCUGACUUUGCACCGGAAGUAGCGUGGGUAACGAAAUCUGGGGUUUCUGAGUUAGCUGAACCCGUUGCUGUGCGGCCUACAUCGGAAACGGUUAUGUAUCCAGCGUAUGCAAAAUGGAUUCAAUCCUAUCGUGAUUUACCUAUACGCUUAAACCAAUGGAAUAAUGUUGUUCGCUGGGAAUUUAAACAUCCACAGCCAUUUUUGCGUACUCGGGAGUUUCUAUGGCAAGAAGGUCACUCAGCAUUCGCCACAAAAGCUGAAGCCGAUCUCGAAGUACUCGAAAUUCUAGAUCGUUAUGCUCUCAUUUACACCUAUCUUCUUGCAAUACCAGUAGUAAAGGGCCGUAAAACCGAAAAAGAGAAAUUUGCUGGCGCCGAUUAUACUACCACCGUAGAGGCUUUUAUUUCAGCAUCGGGUCGUGCCAUUCAAGGUGGUACCAGCCAUCAUUUAGGUCAAAAUUUCUCAAAAAUGUUCGAAAUCGUAUAUGAAGAUCCCGAGACACAACAAAAGCAGUUUGUAUUCCAAAACUCUUGGGGAAUAACUACUCGUACAAUUGGUGUAAUGAUUAUGGUACAUGCAGAUAAUCAGGGAUUGGUGCUCCCACCACGUGUAGCGUGUAUACAGGCAAUUAUAGUGCCUUGUGGCAUAACGGUGAACACGAAGAGCGAUGAACGUGAACAGUUACUACAGGCAUGCAAAAAACUUGAAGCUCAGUUGGACGCAAAGGGUGUCCGCUGUGAAGGAGAUUACCGGGACAAUAUUUCUCCUGGAUGGAAGUUCAAUCAUUGGGAAUUGAAGGGAGUUCCAAUUCGUAUCGAACUUGGUCCAAAAGAUAUGAAAGCUAAUCAAAUUGUUGCAGUACGACGUGAUUCCGGUGAGAAACUUAUUUUGGCUUUGGAUGAUGUAGAAUCGAAAAUCGUCCAAUUAUUGGAAACCAUACAGGACAGCAUGUUGGAAAAAGCGAAAAAAGAUAUGGUUAGUCAUACAAAACUAACGAAGAAUUGGUCGGAUUUCUGCAAGUUUUUAGAUGCUAAAAACAUUCUUCUUUCACCAUUCUGUGGUGAAAUCAGUUGUGAAGAUAAAAUAAAGGGAGACAGUGCAAGAGACGAGGAAGCUGAACCUGGGGCUCCGGCUAUGGGUGCUAAAUCACUUUGUAUACCAUUUGAGCAGCCCGCAGCAAUUACACCGAGCGAUAAGUGCAUUCAUCCAAGUUGCACUAAUAAGCCUAAAUUUUAUACAUUAUUUGGACGCAGUUACUAAUAUUUGUUUCGUCUACAAAUAAUAAGAUGAGAUAUUUUCAACAAGGUCGGAAAGAAUUAACAAAAAAUAAGGUGAUAAUUUAAUUAUUGAAACAGUUUAAUUUAUAAAUCAAUAAACUAUUUGCUAAAAAUAAAA